GAAAGGUUCCCCGUCCGGAACACUUCUCCAGCACUUCUCCUCUUCCACGUCACCCUUACUUGACUUCACCAUGAGACGAACAGUUCCCUCUUCUCAACAAGGGCCUUCACCGUCCUGGCUCUGACAAUCAAACAUCUUCCAGGCACUCAUGGCAACAUGGGGGUAAUCCUCAAGUUUGAGCCUAUGCCAGGCCCAACCGCUGACUGGGAGGACACCGAAUUAAGGGUCAGAGUAGCCAACAUAUUUUGCCUGAUAUGCGGGUAUUGGACUUUCGACUCUCAGAACCUGGCCCUGGCCCACAUGAUCCCGCGCAAACAUGGUAAAUUCAAGAAAGCUGUCGGUUCGCACACGACGAAAAUGAACUGGAAAGACACGUAUCGGCUGAUCAUAAACGAUACACAUCACCGUGGAUGCUAUGUGUCCUGUAGCCGGGCCUCUGAGAUGUUCACGGACGACGUACCCCUGAGUUGCUUUAGAGCCCUACUCCACCUCAUGAAGGAGUGUCUACCUAGGAAACCACGGAGGAAUCGUCCGAAUCGUCGAGGGCGACGGAGAGAUAGAGUGUGUUUCGGCUAUGUGGUUCACUCUUGCUGUUGGGAACUACUCAAGACCCAUCGCUUAAAGGCGCUUGCUGAGACGGACUUGUCUACUCUGUUGGUAGCCUUUCAGCACCAAUGGAUGGACUUUCAGAUCUCGUUCGCUUCUGGGAAAGAUCACCCAUCCACACCAGACCCUUUCUACACAUCUUCCGUCUUUGACACGAUCUAUGCUGAAAUCAACGAAGCGGAGUGGUAUAGAAAACAGGCAGCAGGCAAGGCAAAGAAUCUACGACAUACACUCCAGCAUGUAGACCACCAGACUGGACUCUGUGCUCUUCCGUUUGAGCUAAUCUACAUGGUCGCUGAAUACCUUUCGCCACAAGAGGCCAGAAGCCUAGAAAAGAUUUUAGAUGUUCGCCUUGGGGUUUCAUUCUGGCGUCCUAGAAUUUCUCUUGAUUUAUUCUACGAGAUACAGGCUGUCACGAGACGGGACGUCGACUGGGGUCGUUUGUUCAGCAAGCUGCAGGAGCUUGAGAAAUCUGAUGCCUUAGUGUUACGUCGACAAAUAUUGGAAUGCUUGGAUAAGCACCUGAAUAAGAUCGAGACAGACAAGCAAAACGCGAAGCAAACUGGAAUCUAGCGAGAUGAUUAUGUCUUUAAUGUUGUUAUGGCCCAUAUUUCAAGUCAGCUCCAGAAAAUGUUUUCAAU